AUCAAUUCCUUCUCCGCGACUGUACGCGGUUGCUGCUGCUGCUGCUGGUGUUUCGCCGCCGUUUGCGUCGUAAUCAUCACCAUAAUAAUAAUGAUCGUAAAAAUAACAAUAAUAAACGAGAGACGUCAAGAGAAGAAGACGUGAUGUGAUGAUCACCAAAAGCUAUGAGACAGGAGAUCGGAGCGUGUUUGUAUGUGUGUGUGAGAGUGAAAAACACAGCGCGCAAAGAGAGCUACAAAUCCGGCCCAGAUGCAGCUGAGAGUCCGAACGCGCUCCAUUUUACUCUAAACUAAAAAAAAAAAACAACAACAUCAAAACAAAACCCUCCUCACUGUGCAACGGGGACGAAUUCGUGUUUUGCCACUGGCUGUCCGAGGACUGAGGAUUUUACCCUUUCUGACAAAUGGAUUUGGAGGAUUAAUAAGAUAGGCGAAUUAAAAGAAAUAAAAACACCCCCCGCCCCGGACGACAUGAGCGCGCAGUGACAGCGCGCCGCAGCGCCGCCAACAAGCCUCCGAGAGACAACUUUUUCCCCUCCUCUGGUCCGGCUGGCACUCUCACUCCGAAAAUGGAUGAGUUCCAUCCGUUUAUCGAGGCACUGCUGCCACACGUCCGCGCCUUUGCCUACACCUGGUUCAACCUUCAGGCGCGCAAGCGCAAGUACUUCAAAAAGCAUGAGAAGCGCAUGACCAAGGAUGAGGAGCGCGCCGUGAAGGAUGAGCUGCUGGGCGAGAAGCCUGAGGUCAAGCAGAAGUGGGCAUCACGUCUUCUUGCCAAGCUCCGCAAGGACAUCCGACCAGAGUGCCGCGAGGACUUUGUGCUCUCCAUCACAGGCAAGAAAGCACCAUGCUGUGUGCUCUCCAACCCUGACCAGAAAGGCAAGAUGAGAAGGAUCGACUGCCUGAGACAGGCUGACAAAGUGUGGAGACUCGACUUGGUCAUGGUGAUCCUGUUCAAGGGGAUUCCUCUGGAAAGCACAGACGGAGAGCGUCUGGUCAAGGGGGCACAGUGCUCCAAUCACAUCCUGUGCGUCCAGCCGCACCACAUCAGCGUCUCCGUCAAGGAGCUGGAUCUCUACCUGGCGUACUUCGUGCAGGAGAGAGAAGCAGCGGAGCAGGGCAGUAGUCCUCGCACAGGUAUCGGCUCAGACCAAGAAGAUAGUCGAGCCGCCACAAUGGAUGGGCCCGAGUUUCAGGAGAGCUUUGUCACGUCGGGAGUUUUCAACGUGACCGAACUGGUACAAGUGUCCAGAACACCGGUGGUGACAGGAACAGGGCCGAACUUCUCUCUCGGGGAGCUGCAGGGACACCUGGCUUACGAUCUGAACCCUACAGGCGUGACCAUGAGGAGAACCCUACCCAGCACCUCCUCAAGCGGGAGUAAGAGGCAGAAGUCCAGCUCUGUUGAGGGUGACAUCGACACCAGCCCCGGGGGUGAAUACUACACCUCACCCAACUCUCCCGCUAGCAGUUCCCGAAACUGGCAGGACGAGAUGGAAGGAGGUAUCUCCCCAGUGAAGAAGACUGAGAUGGACAGUCCAUCUCCUCAGGAGAGUUCUCCACGCCUUGGCAGCUUCACACAACAUCACAGACCUGUCAUUGCAGUGCACAGCGGUUUGUGUUUCCCAGCAGGUAUAUCUCGGAGUCCGCACCCAUCAUCGUCGCUGCAUUUUUCCACGGCUCCCAUCCUGCCUCAGCCGACAUCCACCUACUUUCCCCACACGGCCAUCCGCUACCCGCCCCACCUCACAUCACAAGACCCGCUCAAGGACCUGGUCACGAUGGCCUGCGACCCUUCCAAUCAACAGCCCAGUCCGCUGAAUGGCAGUGGUCAGGUGAAGGUCCCCCCCCACUACAUCUCCUCUCAGAUGCUGGCCCCCCCGCCUCCCCCGGCUCUGCCUCGCCUCACGCUGCCCCCUGACUCCAAACCCAGCAGCACCUCGCCAGACGCAGCCGCCUCCUCGCCCACCUCCCCCACAUACUCUGCUCCCGGGACACCACCUGCCAACCGCUUCUCCGUAGGAAUCGGCCCUCGAGACCCUGCGAGUCUGUAUCAGGCUCAGUCCUGGUAUCUGGGGAACUGAUUUGGACUCGGAGGACACACCAAAGCGGGCGUGGACACGUAUUUUGAUUUUUUUGUUGUUGUUGUUAUUGUUGGAAUUUACGAAAAACAAGAACAAGAUGCAGGAGGGAAAAUGUUGGUUAUAUAUGCAGUAUUUGUAUAUAUACAGCACAUGUGUGUACGACCCCACGCAUAUGUGCACACGUAUAUACGGCUAAAGCUAUAUAAAACGCUUCAGUAAAACUUUUUAUUCCCCGGAAAGACGGUAGAAGAACGGAAUGUCAGAGGAGACUGCGGAUGCAUGAAAAGAGAAGAGAAAAGAGAGAAGAGUAAAGAAGAGAGAGAGAGAGAGAGAGCGAGGAUGUUUAUUUGGAGGGGUGGCCGUACUGAACCGCAGGCCAGAGACUGAAGCGUGCAGGAGGAAUUUUGGAAAGGGAAAAAAAAAAAUAAACCACGCCCACUUUGCUUCCCCUUGGCUUCUGGAAACGAAGGGCCCUCCUUCCUCUUCCUCUUCCUCCCUCUGCUACAGGUGCUGCUUUCUCAUAUAUGCAAAAUACCUACGUUUUUUUCCAGGAAAAGGAAGCCCUGAUGAUGGACGGGGUGUUUUUUUAAGCGCUUUAGGACUUUCCCACAUGUUCAGAGCUGAUUGUCUCCUUUUUAUUUCCUAAUUUGGGUUUUUAUUUUAAACAAAUUUGAAUGUGGCCAGAGGUUUGGGGGCAGAAUGAAGGGUCGAUGACUUCCCCUUAAUUUCCCUUCAGCUAACGUUCGGCCCGAAACGGCCGUUUUUUUCUCCAGUUUUAUUAUUGACAAUCACGUUAUUGUUUUUCUUUUUAAUGCAUCGCAUCUGACAUUUGUAUCAGAGAUCCACUUUUUUUAGUGGGUGCCUGAAUUUCUGUUUUGUUUUUUUUUUCUUUUUCUUCAACCUUUGGUACAUUUGUGGCAUUUGAGGUCACAGACAGUGUGUGUGUGUGUGUGUUAGGUCACAUUACGCUCACACACACACACACACACACGCACACAUACUGACACGCCCUUACAAACAGUCUUCAGAAAUGGCUUGUACUGUUAAUACACUAAGCAGAGGCCGAAUCAAAGCCUUCGGAUGAUUUCGGCGUGUGACCGAGCACCUUUUUGUCUUUUCUGUGUCAUGCUGAAAAUCGUUCACUAUGUGUGUGUGUGUGUGUGUGUGUGUGUGUGUGUGUGUGUGUGUGUGUGUGUGUGUGUGUGUGUGGUCCACGUACGUUGCGUUCUUUUCUUUUAAGUUAACAUGAAAUUGGAAAACGAGAAGAAAAAAAAUCAUAUUUCGAAAAUCUGAGAAAUUCAUUUAAAAAAAAUUUUCCCUUAAAAUUAUUUCUAAAAAUGUCAUUAUUGUUCCUUGAAGAACCUUUUUUCCGUUUUUCCUGAACGAUCUGCUAAAACUGAGGUCGACAUGUACACGAUUGAAGAAAUAUUCUUAUAUCGCGGCGUGAUGAGAAUCCUGUUUGUUUGUUUGUUUGUUUGUUUGUUUGUUGUUGUUUUUUUAAAUAAAAAAAAGCACACAGUGAUCCGUAUUAGCGGCACAUCCGGAACUAACGGCGAUCUUUUAAACGCUAGCCUACGCUCGAGAUCGUUCGUUAAAAAAAAGCAAGAAAAGUGAAGGAAUGCAGCGUACCUGGAUCGCGCGCGCGUGUGUGUGUGUGUGUGUUUGCGUGGGUGUGUAUGACGUCCGUACACGUCUAAAACCCCCGAUUCAUCCUAGUGAACUACUUCCUCUGUAUGUCCCCGAACCGUGUAGAUAAAAGUAGAACUAAGAGUGGAGUUAACCUACAGAGUGACAAAGGGAGUAGGUCCUAGAGUUCUGUCACUAAUAAGACAGUAUUGGGUUUAGAACUGAUUUUUAUUUUGUCUUUUAUCUUUUCUCUUUUUUUGUGUGUGUAAACUGCAUUGGAAAUUACAGGCAUUGCACUACUUUUAAUUA